AGAAUUCGGACAGCCUCCACUGUAAGUUAAUUCACGCAACCUUGAUAAAUGUUUGAAGAGAUAUCCACCACGGGUUUGGGAGGUUCAAAAUUCCUCUGUAGUGUUUAGGGAAGGGCUAACUGAGGUAUAAAAUCCCCACCAGCCCCAGAUGUUUCUGAGUGACCACUUUCCAUCCCCCAUUUGAAGCUGAAGGAAUCUCACGAGCGACAACAUGAGCCACAGUCCAGAGAGGAUGUCCUCAUACCGCCGGCAUUUCGAGAGCACCAUGGCCUCCUCUAAUACCUACCGGGUCCGGGUGUCCAGUCCCUCUCCUACCCGCAGGGACACCCGCCACCGCUCUGCUAGCUAUAACCGGCGUGGAGGGUCGGUGGGACACAGGGCCAUCACCAAUAAGUCUCGCAUGACCAGCAGUGCGAGCAUGGGAACACUGUGCUUAGGGAUGUCUGUGGGAUUUGGUUCUAAACUGGAUCUGGAUGCGGCUUCAGCAGAGAACCAGGCCUUCAUGAUGACUCGAACCAGUGAGAGGCAAGAAAUGGUUGCCCUUAACGACCGUCUGGCAGCUUAUAUUGAAAAGGUGCGGAACCUGGAGUCUAAAAACAAGCUUCUGGAGGCGGAGAUUGAUGCCCUGAAGAGCCGCCACGUCAGACCAUCAGGCCUCAGGCAGCUGUAUGAGUCCCAGCUGAGUGAUCUGAAAAGAGUGGCUGAGCAGAUGAGAGUCCAGAGGGAUUUGUCUUUUUCAGCCAAGGAGGCGAUGAUGGCUCAGUUGGACAUGCUGAAGUCCAAAUAUGACGAGGCACUGGAAGCCAGGAAAAAGACGGAGCAUGACAUUGAGAUUCUUCGUCCGGAUGUGGAUAAAGCAACUUCUGCUCGCAUUUCUCUGGAAAAACACCAAGAACAGCUGGAGAUCCAGCUGGCCUUCCUGCAGAGAGUUCACAAGGAGGAAGUUGAGGAGCUGAUGCAGAGGAUCUAUUCAUCAACCUCUAAGGUGGAGAUGAGUUUUGGCCUCCCAGACCUCUCCUCUGCUCUCCGAGAGAUUCAGUCUCAAUAUGACAGCAUUGCUGCCAAAAACCUGCAGGAGAUGGAUGCUUGGUACAGCUCAAAGUUUCAGGACCUGAAUGAUGCCUCAAACAAACACGUCCAAAGUAUCCGAAGUCUGAGGGAGCAAAUUGCAGCAUAUAAAAAGGAGCUUCUCAACAAGCAACGAGAAUUGGAGGCACUAAAGACAAGGAGUGAGUAUCUGGAGAUUCAGAUCCGUGAAUCAAUCGAGAAAUACAAGCAUAAGGAGGAUGAACUGGAGGAGCAAAUAGAUGCAAUGAAGGUUGAUCUGAAGGUAAUGAAGGAGAAGAUUGCUCUGCUGAUGAGGGAAUACCAGGACCUGCUGAAUGUAAAGAUGGCAAUGGAGAUUGAAAUCACCACCUACAGGAAGUUAAUUGAGGGGGAGGACAGCCGCCUGAGCACCAUGGUCCAUAAUCUGUCCCUGAGCGGGGCCCUGCAUCUCACUUCAAGCACGCAUGCUGCCAUGUCUGCUUCGGUCUGUAACAGCUCAUCAGGCAGUGAUGGGAAUUCAAAGCCAGAUGGAGUUCUGGGUGCAGGAGGAGCCUCGUCAGACUCCCACAUGGUCUCAGAGGAGCAAGCGACGGAGACGUCUGAGAGGAAGACUCUCCUCAUCAGUUAAGACAGAUGAGGACAUUUAUGAGAGAGACACACAGGAGCGCACCAUCACUAUUUCUGGAGCAGCUGACGACAAUGAUGAAGACUAGACCAUUUAUCUAAACCACACUUUUAAUGUCAGAGUAUAAAGGCUUUUUAAAAGUCUUGAAAACCUUAAAACUGUUAUUAAAGUGAUGAAUAAUCCAGGAAUGUGUUAAUCAUCAGUGAAGACUUUAAUAAUGAUCUAUGCUGCUC